AGGGACAGCCGGGGCUGGGUGGGCACAGGAGCAGGGUCAGGGCCACCGCAGUGCGACUGAGCAGCCGCUGGGGAAAAGGCUCCUGGAGGCAGCCAGGAGCUGGAGAGAAGCAGCGAAGUGUGGGCAGGGAGUGCAGGGUGCUGGGUCCCCCCUGCGGGCUGGGGUCCCACCGUGACCCACACACACACCCACAACACCAUGCAGGAGCAGCUGGGCUGGCCCCAGCCCCGCAGAGACUGAGCCUGGGCACCCGCGGAGGGGGCAGCAGAGCUCCAACCAUGGGGGGCCCAUGGCAGCCCCCCAGCACCUGCAGCCUGCUGCUGCUCACACUCCUGAUGCUGCAGGUGCAAGCAACACAUCCUGACUGCUCCAUCAUCCUCCAUUUCCAACAGCAAGAGGCUGAAUGUCUGGAGAUCAUCAGGAGUGAAAGCCAAACAGCAGCCUCCCCUGGACCCCCCAGGCAGCAGGGCUGCCUGACCCACUGGGAUGGAGUCAGCUGCUGGUGGGCAGUGCCCAUCGGCCAGUCCCGAGCCACCUCCUGCCCUGACGUCCUCCAGGUCUUCAAGAAGUCCAAAGCUCUGAUCCAGAGGAACUGCACCGAGUCAGGAUGGAGCUCUCCCAGCCCCCCCUACCACACUGCCUGCCAGCUGGAGGACAGCAGCAGCAGCAAUGACACCGAGGCCAAGAGAGGCUAUUUUGUCACCAUGAAGGUGCUCUACACCUGUGGCUACUCCACCUCCCUGGCAGCCCUGUUCUUGGCCAUUGGCAUCUUCUCCUGCUUCAGGAGGCUGCACUGCACCAGGAACUCCAUCCACGUCCACUUCUUCACCUCCUUCAUCCUGCGUGGGGUUGCUGUGCUCAUCAAGGAUGCUGUCCUCUUCUCUGAUGACUCCACUGACCACUGCACCAUGUCCACGGUGAACUGCAAAGCAGCCAUCACCUUCUUCCAGUACUCAGUCCUGGCCAACUUCUACUGGCUGCUGGUGGAGGGUCUGUACCUGCAGACGCUGCUGCUGCUCACCUUCACCUCCGACAGGAGGUACCUCUGGUGGUACAUCCUCAUCGGCUGGGGUGUGCCCAUGCUGACAGUCUGCACGUGGGUGCUCACCAGGCUGCAGUAUGACAACCACGGGUGCUGGGAUGACCAGAGCAGCCUGUACUGGUGGCUGAUCAAAGCUCCCAUCCUCCUGGCCAUAUUUGUGAACUUCCUCAUCUUCCUCAACGUCACCAGGAUGCUGGCACAGAAGAUCUGGUCCCCAGACAUCAGCAAAAGCUACAAGCAGCAGUACAUGAGGCUGACCAAGUCCACGCUGCUGCUGAUCCCCCUCUUCGGGGUGCACUAUGUGGUGUUCGCGCUCCUCCCGGAGCAGGUCGCCGUGGCCCCGCGCCUCUACUUCGAGCUGGUCCUCGGCUCCUACCAGGGCUUCCUGGUGGCUCUGCUGUACUGCUUCCUGAACGGGGAGGUGAGUGCCCCCCCAGCCCCACAGCCCUGGGUGCAGCUGCUUGCCCUUGUGCCUGCUCCUGGUGGCAGCCCUGGGUGCCAGCACUGCUCUGUGGUGUUGGUGCAGGUGCAGGCAGAGGUGAAGAGGAGCUGGGGUAAGUGGCAGGCGUCCAUGGAGAGCAAUGCCUUCAACCUGGCAACUCAGGACUUCACAGCAUGAGCAGGACAGCGCUAGGAGGGGUGGCAAUGCCCCCUCGGGGGGUGCUGGAGGGGGUGCAGCUCCUCAGCUCUGCUCCCAGCAGCUCAAUAAAAAGCGUUUGCACAGCA